CCAUUUUGCGACUGUCGCAAAACGGUUACCACAGGAGCACCGCCGCACACUUUACGGCAUACACGUGGUUCCUGCGCUCUUCCGUGCCCUUCACUGCUCCACAUCGGAUCCAGAGACGAUAAUUGAUCAAAUCUGAUCGAAAUCAUGACCAAACUGAGCAAAGAGAGCAAGCAGCGGCUGCAGCAGGUGUUCCAGUGCGGCCAGUUCAUCAUCCGCUGGGGUUUCAUCCCCACUGUGCUUUAUCUGGGUUUUAAACGUGGAGCUGAUCCAGGGAUGCCUGAGCCCACAGUCCUGAGUUUGCUUUGGGGAUGAAGACGCUCCUGACAGCCACUACAGAUGAAUCAGAUCCUCCCACUGAACAGCCAAACUCACUGAAGAAUCUGAGACCAGCGAGUAAUCGUCCAUCCACUCAUGUUGGGACACUGACUGCUUGGAUCUGAAUGUUGUGCUGGGAUGUAAAUACUUCGCUCUCUCAUCCACCCUGUUUUUUUUUUUUUUUUUUUGGUUUUUUGUUUUUUUAAGACAUUUGCUUCUUCUUUCUAAAACAUUGUCUUGAGAAACACACACAAUGUAAUUGAAUUGUCUUGGUUUUUUUUAAUCUGAAUAGGUCAUUGUAAACAAUCUCAGGAUGUGCUCGCCGUUCAGUUUCUAAUAAACUAAACAUGUUUAAUAAAUAUUUAUCCGCACAGA